AUGCAGAGCGAGGAGAGGCUGCUGCUGACGGGCCCCGCCGCCGAGGCUCCCCAAGGCCGAGGCAGUGCAGAGAGAGGAGGGCCGAUGGAUCCUGCUGGGGUUCCCCAAGUCCAAUGGGCCGACCCCGUUUCCAGCUCGCUGCGUGUGUACGGUAGGAAGCAGUGGCGUGCCGUGUCCAAGGUGCUCGGCAACGACAAUCUCCUCGCCGAGAUCCUCGUCCGCCUCCCUCCGAAGCCGUCCUCGCUCCCCCGCGCAUCUGUCGUGUGCAAGCGCUGGCGUGGCAUCCUCUCCGACCCCGAGUUCCUCAAACGCUUCCGCAAGCACCACCGAAAGCCUCCUCUGCUCGGCUUCUUCGAAGGGUAUGCCAACCGCUUUGCUCCCGUCAUGGACUCGCCGGACCGUAUCACUGCCUCCUGCUUCUCCAUGCCCAAGAGCAGCACGCCCUACAACGACCAUCGAGAAUACAUGGGCUGCCGCCACGGCCUCGCUGUCCUGGUCAACAAGCAGGAUCGCAAGACCUUCGUGUGGGACCCCCUCACUGGCCGACAGCACAGCGUGGAUUUUCCACCCGGGCUCGAUGACACCUUCACGGGGAAUUUCUGUAUGUGGCGUGCCGCAGUGUUGUGUGCUGAUGCCGAAGAUGGGCAUGUCCAUGGAGACUGCUUCUCGAGCCCGUUUAAAUUGGUUUUGCUCUGCUGCGGUGGAUACAAUACACAGGCAUUUUGUUCUGUCUAUGACUCGGUGUCUGGUGUUUGGGGAGGUGUUUUCUCGACCGCGGUAUCACGUAUAAUUUCUCUGUUAAGGCCCAGCAUCCUGGUUGGUAAUGCACUUUGCUGGCUGAUUUCUGGAGGUGAUAUCCUUGUGUUUGAUUUGGACUGUCAGAGCCUUGAUGUGAUCGAGAAGCCGGCAUUCUACUAUGUUACCGAUGGGUGUUUUCAAAUCUUACGGAUGGAGGGUGGUGGACUUGGCCUUGCUGUUUUGUUGGACUUGACCAUCCAAUUGUGGGAGAGGAAAUCUAACUCUGAUGGUGUCGUUGGAUGGGUGUUGCUGAAGAAAACCAUUCCACUGGAGGGGAUGUUUCCAAGGAGAAUGAAUUCUGUACGUAUCGUCGGGUAUGAUGAGGACACAAAUGUGAUUGUUCUCACUUCAAUGACCGGCAACUUCACGCUCCAACUUGACUCAAUGCAGCUCAAACAUAUUGUUAAAAGAAGCAACAUAUGUUACGACCCGUUUUAUCCCUACACAAAUUUCUAUACUGCAGCAAGGCAGGGCAGUUGGUCGGGAAGGGGUGAAUCUAGAACUAAUUGUGAUCGGACCAGAUCUGCUAACAUGCUAUCUUGGUCGAACAAUUUAGGUAUUUAG